UAGCCUGCACCUGAAGUCUGAAAGAUCAAGUCUUUUUCUCUUUCCUUCCUUUUUCUUCAAAUCAUCCCUCGUGAGCGCUCUUCCCAACCCCCGGAAGGUCAACCCGCCUGCCUGAAUUGGUCAACACACGAGGUGCGGCCGCGGUGUACGGCUCAUGGAGGCGAAGGCGACGCCACAUGGGGAAGCAAGCCCCAGUGCAGGUCAAGCUCCGUAAGAGAGGAUUCCGAAUGCCCGUCGAGUCACCUCACAAAUCUACGUUCCCUACCCAACAAAAUGGACGAGUUUCAUCUUCUCACAAAGACCAGUAAGGACUUCGGACGUUCCCCCGCCCUGAGCUUCACAGAGACAUGGCUUUGUGAAAACAAAAGUCGACGGGAUAUGUUUUAAUAUCACCAAAAAAUGGUCUACCGACGUCACGGAGCUCAGCACACACUGCAGAGUCGCUGUUUUUUUAACUCUCUAGGCUUCUGAGGAACUACGCACUGCCAUAGGAGCCGUUGAAGCAGUUCUUCACAGCAGUCAUCAAAUCAGUCUUGUGUUCAACCAUCAGAGUCUGGUUUGGUGCUGCCACAAAAAAGGACAAACUCCGACUGCAAAGGACAAUUAAAACUGCUGGAAAAAUUGUCGGUACCCCAUACCCACCGUUGAGGACUUGCAUGCUGCCAGAACUAAGACAACAGCAUGCAAAAUCCUCUUGGACCCUCCACAUCCUGGUCACCACCUCUUCCAGCUCCUUCCCUCAGGCAGGCGCUAUUGAACAAUGCAAACUAAAACUAGCAGACAUUCCAACAGCUUCUUCCCUCUUGCCAUUAACUUCUUAAACAGUUAACUUACAUUGUAACAUGCUGCCAAUUUUGUCUUGAGAUUGUUGUCGGGACGUUGUGAGCGGGUGGGGAGAAUACUUCGAAGACCACCUCAAUUCCACCGACACGCCUUCCCAUGAGGUAGCAGAGUCUGGGUUCUCUGAGGCAGGCUCUCCUAUCUCUGGGGUUGAGGUCACCGAGGUGGUUAAAAAACUCCUCAGUGGCAUGGCGAUGAGAUUCGCCCGGAGUUCCUCAAGGCUCUGGAUGUUGUAGGGCUGUCCUGGUUAACACGCCUCUGCAACAUCGCGUGGACAUCGGGGACAGUGCCUCUGGAUUAGCAGACUGGGGUGGUGGUCCCCCUUUUUAAGAAGGGGGGCCGGAGGGUGUGUUCCAACUAGAGGGGGAUCACACUCCUCAGCCUCCCUGGUAAGGUCUAUUCAGGGGUGCUGGAGAGGAGGGUCCGUUGGGAAGUUGAAUCUCAGAUUCAGGAGGAGCAGUGUGGUUUUCGUCCUGGCCGUGGCACAGUGGACCAGCUCUACACCCUUGUCAGGGUCCUCGAGGGUGCAUGGGAGUUCCCCCAACCAGUCUACAUGUGUUUUGUGGACUUAGAGAAGGCGUUUGACCGUGUCCCUCGGGGGGUCCUGUGGGGGGUGCUUCGGGAGUAUGGGGUACUGAACCCCCUGAUACGGGCUGUUCACUCCCUGUACGACCGGAGUCAGAGUUUGGUCCACAUAUCCGACAGUAAGUCGGACUCGUUUCCGGUGAAUGUUGGACUCCGCCAAGGCUGCCCUUUGUCACUGAUUCUGUUCAUAACUUUUAUGGACAAAAUUUCUAGGCGCAGCCGAGGCUUAGAGCGGGUCUGGUUUUGUGGCCUCAGUAUUGCAUCUCUGCUUUUUGCAGAUGAUGUGGUUCUGUUGGCUUCAUCAAGCCGUGACCUCCAACUCUCACUGGAGCAGCAGAGUGUGAACGUCAUGGGUGUGUGUUCCGGUUUUUGUCUUCCCCCUGUUUCAUACACACCUGCUCCUGAGAGCACCUUCACCACCUAUGCCUUGUUCACCCUAAUUACCCCUUGCAAUUAACCUCGUGUCUCAUUCUUUCUCAUCGCCAUUUCGUUGUACCUUGUCGUCGCGUUCCAGCAUUCCUUGUUUCCACGUCAAAGACUCACAGUAAGACUAGACCCUGUUCCGAUUAUCGAACUCAGCUUUUUGCCUCACGUUUUUGGAUACUUUUGCCUUUUUUGGAUUGCCUGCCUGUGUACCGACCUUUGCCCGUAUAUUAAACCUCUCUUUUUGAAACUGUCCAUUUGCUUUGGAGUCGUGCAUUUUUGGGUCCUAUCCUCUGUUCCGUUCAUGACAGUGAAGCGGCUGGGAUGAGAAUCAGCACCUCCAAAUCUGAGACCAUGGUCCUCAGUCGGAAAAGGGUGGCGUGCCCUCUCCAGGUCGGGGAUGAGAUCCUGCCCCAAGUGGAGGAGUUCAAGUAUCUUGGGGUCUUGCUCACGAGUGAGGGAAGAAUGGAACGGGAGAUCGACAGGCGGAUCGGUGCAGCGUCUGCAGUGAUGCAGACUUUGUAUCGAUCCGUUGUGGUAAAGAAGGAGCUAAGCCGAAAGGCGAAGCUCUAGAUUUACUGGUCGAUCGAGGUACCUACCCUCACCUAUGGUCACGAGCUGUGGGUCGUGACCGAAAGAACAAGAUCCCGGAUACAAGCGGCCGAAAUGAGUUUCCUCCGCAGGGUGUCCGGGCUCUCCCUUAGAGAUAGGGUGAGAAGCUCUGUCAUCCGGGAGGAUCUCAGAGUAGAGCUUCUGCUCCUCCACAUCAAGAGGAGCCAGAUGAGGUGGCUGGGGCAUCUGAUUCGGAUGCCUCCCGGACCACUCCCUGGUGAGGUGUUCCGGGCACGUCCUGGAGAGACGGAGACCCCGGGGACGACCCAGGACACGCUGGAGAGACUUACAUACUUCGGCUGGCCUGGGAACGGAAGAGCUGGAUGAAGUGGCUGGGGAGAGGGAAGUCUGAGCGUCCCUGCUAAAGCUACUACCCCCACGACCCGACCUCGGAUAAGUGGUAUAAAAUGGAUGGAUGGAUAGAUUGUUGUCACGUCUAUGUCGGACCAAUUAUACAUUAUUCGUGCACUCACUGUAGUAGUCCCGCCACUUUGCACUUUUGCAUAUCUGUUGUUGACCAAUACUGGCCACUAAUGUGCUUGAGAAGUAUCUGAAGCAUUUGCACAAUUGACAGUGUUCCAGAUUAUCACACUACUAGUCACAUUAAACUGGUUAAAUUUCUUGAAGUCUCUGUACUAUUUUCAGAAUCAGAAUCAGAAUCAUCUUUAUUUUGCCAAGUAUGUCCAAUAAACACACAAGGAAUUUGUUUCCGGUAGUUGGAGCCACUCUAGUACGACAACAGACAGUCAAUUGACAGAGAAUACUUUUGAGACAUAAAAGUUAUCGAUUUAAUUCAUUCACUCAAACCAUCUAAGGCAAACGAUGUUUUUGGAAUGGACACGAGCAUGCUCAAAGAUCUAGGUUCAACUCUUGCUCCUCCUAUUGCCUCAAUCAUUAAUCUUUCAAUUUCAUCUGGUCACUUUCCAAAGGCCUGGAAAUCUGCUAUUGUUACCCCUGUCUUUAAAUCCGGUGACUCAACUUCUCUGAAUAACUACCGACCUAGAAGCAUUCUUCCAGCCAUUUCCAAAGUUGCAGAAAAAUGGGUGUCAGAGCAGAUUGUCCAUUAUUUAAUCAGCAGCUCCCCCUCUCUCCACGCCAUGCAGUUUGGUUUCAGAUCCAAGCAUUCCACUGAAAUGGCUACAUGCCUCUUCAUUGAGAAAAUAAAAUCUUCUCUCGACAAGGCUGGAGUUGUAGGGGCGGUGUUCUUGGACCUCAGGAAAGCUUUCGAUACAGUAAAUCACUCUGUUCUUCUUACCAAGCUCUCAAAAUUUAACUUCUCUCGCAAAACUGUGAGCUGGAUUGAAUCAUAUCUGCAUGACCGAACACAAUCUGUAUCAGUUAACAACUGCAGAUCAGAGUCUCUUAGGCUAACCUCUGGAGUCCCUCAGGGAUCAAUAUUGGGCCCCCUUUUAUUUAGUCUUUAUAUCAACGAUUUGCCCACUGUUUGCUCUGAAGCAGAGUGCGUAAUGUAUGCAGACGACACAGUUUUCUUUGUUCAUGGUCGCUCCAAAGAUACUGUUGCUGCUAAACUCACUAAUACAAUGUCCUGUGUCACAACUUGGUUGCAGGAGUGCUGUCUACAGCUAAACGUUUCUAAAACUGUAGGCAUGUAUUUCACUAAAACAAAUAGAGUAUCACCUGACCCCGACAUACUUGUUAAUGGAGAAAAAAUGCAAAUUGUCAGCCAAUACAAAUAUCUUGGGUUAAUAAUAGAUUCACAGCUUUCCUUUAAAGCCCAUAUUGACAAAUUGUGUAAAAAUAUCAAAUUAAACCUCGCAAAUUUUCGUGCAAUUCGGAAUGAAAUGUCAACUGAAGCUGCAAAAAUUUACCUGCAUUCGAUGAUUCUUAGUCACUUUAACUAUUGCAUAACAAGUUGGUCCCAGGCUGGUCAGAAUGCAAAAAAACCAUUGGAAGUUUUGUACAAACAAGUAAUUAAAGUGAUGGAUAAAAAACCAAGGCACUAUCAUCACUGUGCAAUUUUUAAAAAAAUAGAGUCUUUUAAACUGGGACAGUCUUCACAUAUUUGCAGAUUUAAAUUUGAUUUAUAAAGUACUGCAUGAUUUGGCCCCAGCUCCUCUGGCUGAGUUCAUCAGCCAAAGAAACAGCUCUGAGCGUGUCACUCGAGGCUCUGUCAGAGGUGACUGUCUCAUUCCUCUGCGCAGGAGCACUUUCAGUAAGUCAGCCUGGUCAGUGAGGAGCGCUGGUGAGUGGAACUCAGUACCUGAGGAGGUUAAACUGCUUACAACGUACAAGGCCUUCACAAAAAAACUGAAAAUGUGGCUAGUUAACACCUAUAGCUGCCAACACUAAAAGACAAGUAUGUUAUGUUGUCUUUUUGUUAUGAUCAAAAAAAUGAUGGUUUUAUUCUCUCUUAAUAGUAUAGUUUGAUUAUGUAUCCUGUAUUAUAUUGUCUUGUAGAUGUAUUUUACUGCUUUUUUACAUCAUGGCCAGGGGACUACAGAUGAAAACUAGCCUUCUGGCUAAUUCUGGCUUUUUUAACCAUGUGUACUUCAUGUGUUUUAUGAAAUUGCAUUGUCCCCUUUCAAAAAUAAACUGAUAAAAACUGAUAAAGACAUUGAGAAAAACAGUCACUGAGCAAUAAAAGGUUGCUAGUAAUGCCAGUACAAUUGUUAUUUAUUUAUUUAUUUAUUUAUUUUUUGACAAUUGCGCAAAAAGAUGCAGAGUCCUCUUUCAAUUAGAGCACUUAGAAUGACUAAUAUAGCAAUAGUCCGGUGCAAUGACCAUUUUGCAAAGGGCGCCGAGACUUCAAGGAAUGUAUGCAGUUUAAAGUGACUAGUAGUGCGAUAAUGUGGGACAAUGUCGAUUGUGCAAAUGUUGCAGACACUCCUCAAUCAGUGUGCAAGUGGUGCAGAUGCUACUCUGGCAUGAGUGGCCAGUGUUGGUCAACAACAGAUAUGCAAAUAGUGCAGCCUGGUGAGAGUACUACAGUGACACAAUGGUCACUGUACCAGACUAUUGCUCUAUUAGUCAUUUCAAACUGCUCUAAAUUGAGAGAGGACUCUGCGUCAUUUACACAAUUGUCGAAAAAAAAAAAAUGUAUCGACAUUAUCACAUUACUGGUAACCUUUCAUUGUUCAGUGACUCUCCGUACUGUCUUUUUAUGUUUUUAUGUCUCAAAAGUAUUUUCUGUCAAAUGGCUGUCUCUUGUCAUACUAGUGCGGCUCCUACUACCUGAUCUCAAAUACAUGUUUUUAUCUAUUCUAUUCUAUUCUUAUUAUAUUUAUUUAUAUAGAUUUUUUGAUCUAUUCAUUCAUUGUCCAGCUUGUUAAGAAGAGACUUUUCUGUGAUGUGUCAAAUUUACAAGACAUUUUUCUGCUCGGGUGUUUAAUAUUUUGUCCAUGGUGGGACUCGACCAUGUCCUCUGACUCCAAAGCCCAAGGUUACAGCUGGUCCAACAUAACUUAUGCUCAUUACUAAAACUUCCAGGUCACAUAAACCCAACCAGUUAAAUAUUUAAAUUAUAUUCAUUCCUGUGGCCCAUUUU